AUUGCUGAAAGGGGACCAAUCGGGAACAAACUGGAUGCAUGUUUUGCGAAUAGUGAAAUUGAUCUGGAGGAGCAUCAAACUGGUACUAAUAAUUUGCAUUUUACAACGAAAACAGUUCUGUACAACUUCCUCAGAUAAUCAACCCAUGACAGAGGUUGUCGCUGGCACAAGUUACAUCUUUACUGUGAAGAUAGACAUCACCUACUGCAAAAAGGGUGGUGUGAAGACCAUGUGUGCCACUCCAAAGGAUCCCAGUGCUGCAAAGGCAAUUCAGUGCGACAUAACAGUCUUGAGCCAGCCGUGGUUAAAAUCCUUAAAAGUCACUAAAAACACCUGCAUGUAGAGCUUGUAACAAGUGCAGUUUGUGGCUUUUUAACAUUCAAGCAGCAAUAAAGUGUACUUUCUGUUGGUAAUGAACUUCAAGUCUUUAUUCUUGAUAAAAAUGGAAACCAUUCGUCCUGAGCAACUGUCAACCAAUAAGAAUGCUUAACACAAUUAUGUGUUCGCAGAGUCCGUUGCUCUGAAAAGCUACAGUUUGUAGAAAUGUCUGAAUUCUAAAAUGCAUGUUUCUUCGAUUCAUCCUUUUUCUAUUAAAACAUGAUUGAACAAUGUCUGUGCUCCAAGCCAGCACAUGGCCAACCUUCAAUGAUGAAAGUUUUCCGCUAAAUGGAUCAGGUUAAACCCUUGUAAGCCAAGGUUUGUAGCUCUGUAUGCUGACGAAUGCAAAUGUUAAGUUUACGUGAGACUCUGUUAAAUUUAAGCAUUUAAAGAUUGAAUGCAUAAUUUGAUAACUUAUUUAAUUUGUAUCUAAAUCAGCACUAUAGGCUGUCUGUCCUUAUCACUUUAAAUGACGAGUGACUUCCUGCACUUGCUGUACUUCAGCAUGAAAGUAAACUUGUUAAAAUGAUUUUAUAACAAAUCAAAAGAUGUGGGGUAAACCCUAUACGUUUGUUUUAAUGAAAAUGCUUGAUUAUCAAACCAGCAUUGUUCAAAGACUAUAAAUAUCCUUCAGCAGAGAUUGUGAAGGGCACUUGUAUUUUGAACUGUUUUUUUUUUUAUUUUCUGAACUUGUGACUGUAAAUGAUGCUUACAGGGUUAAACAGUUAAUUCAGUAAUUUGUUCUAAACCAAUUUAGGUGCACUGAUUUCACUAAAUACAAACAGCGUUUUCCACAACUAUUAAAGAGAAGUAAUAUCAUACAGGGUGUGUGUGCUCGUUCUUCAGUGAAACGCAUGCCUUUUACUGUUCUUUUAACCUCUAGCAAUGAGAAAUGUCACAAUACACCGUGACAGGACUUUGUGCACACUUUUGCUGAUUUGCUUAGAAAUUAAUAUUGAAAAUGAUGCCCACAUUUUAUAAUGCACUCCACUGUAUCAUAUUGAUUUCAGUUUGAAACCUGUAAAGAUUGUGUAUAUACUUUCACUGAAAGGACAAAUCAACUCUAAUUUUCUUUGGCAAAAGUAAAAUUCUGUGUCUGGCUGCUAUGCAACAAAUUAGUUAAUACAUCCAUACAAAUUGUAUGUUGUAACUUUUAGUGUUAUACUCUAUCAUGCAGAUUUCUGCAUUUGGACCUCUGACUUUCAAGUGUGCAUGUCACCAAACAAUAGGCUAAUAGUCCCUAUAUAGUUUCGUGUAGCAACAUGAUAUGCGUAUAUCCAGUGGUCGAAAAAUGUUAUCAAUAGUGACAUCUUAUGGACAUUUUUAGAAACUAAAAUUUAAAAAGUCAGUCAGCCUAAUAAGAACAUGGAUGGGACGUUUUUUAUUAAAUGUAUUAUGUAAAAAAAAAAAAAGAAAGAAAAAAAAA